UUCUUUAUAUAUGAUAUUAUUUUUGUUAUGAUUAUUUUUAAACUGUUAUAAUUAUGUUAAAAAAUUAAUUUUAAAAAUGGUGAAAUUUACCGAAACAAAUAUUAUUAAUGAAACAUCUUCCAAUUUAAAGUAUUAUGAUUAUAAUAAAACAAGAUCUAACCUACCGUUUCAAAUAGCUUUAUAUUUGAAUUUAUGGCUUUUUCCAAUUUGGCUGAUAAUUAGUAUAAUAAACUUGGAUGCAAAAUACAAUAAUUUAUCAAAUAUUUAUAAACUGAUAGCUGUAACAAUAUUUUUGAUACUUUCAAUUUUUGAAAGUUUAAAAUUAUAUUUGGGAUAUGCAGGAAAUCUUAUUGGAAAGAUUCCAGAAUUAACUAGUUGCUGGUUAAUUUCAAUAUUGAUACAACUUCCCUUAGAGAUGUAUCUUUUAUUUGAUUAUUGGAUUUUAUUUCAUUAUAGUGAAAUAUUGGUCAAUUCUUUUAUGGUUUGCCUUCUUUUUAUUGAAAUUAUUACAGGUAUGAUUGCUUUAAAAAAUUUGGCAAAUCAUCAUGCUAAAGUAUUUUACUUAAUGCAUUUAUACGGUAUACGUACAAAUGAUAGAUAAUAAUUUAUCUUCUAAAAUAAUUUUAUAACUAUAUAUAGAACAAGUAUAUAAUUUUUAUAUUAAAAUACAGAAUGAUGUCUGAUUUUUUGUUUGGUAAAAAUUUCUAAUCAAUGCAAUGCCUAAUACAUAUAAGCCUAUUUAAUUAAUAAUGUUUUAUAUCAUGAUUAGGUAUCAAGAUUAUGAGUUUUAUAAAAUAAUUGUAUUACUGAUACAUUUUUUCGUAAACGUAUUAAAUAUGUUUCUAUAUUGUUAAUAACAAUAUCAUUUUCAAUAUUUUGUUUAUUGGUAAGUGCUUGUAAAAGUUGCAAACGCGUAGGAACCAUACGUGAAAGUAGCUGUUAACAAAAAAUAAAAUAUUAGUAUGAUUAAUAAAAAUAGAUAGAAAAAGUGAUAAAAAUUAAUUGAAUAAUAAUUUAUAACUUAUUAUUGUUUAAAAAAUUAUCAAUAAUAAGAAUAUGUUACAUAUGUUUUCAAUAAAUACUUACAUCAAAAAGUUGUUGUGCCAUCCAACCAUGAUAUGGUUCUAAAGCUUCUUUAUAAGAUUUUUUUAAAAAUGCAACUAGAUCUUCUGUUGGUGUAGUUGUUUUAGCAUCUUCUACAAUUUUCUCGAAAAAAAGUAAAAUCAUAUGUAAUGCUCUGUAAUUGUUAAAUUGAAGUUUCAAUUCAAUUAAUAAACAUAAUAAAUAAAAAAAA